UUAAUGAAGCAAUGUGGUGGUGAUAAUUAUUACUUCGGAACAAAUUGUAUUUACUGCUCAGAAUUUUAGCAAAGAUGUCGUUUAUCUGUCCGCCAUUUUUUCCGGUUCGACGAAAGUGGGGCAAACUACAACAGUGUCGCUGUAUCAGGUUGUGUUGUUUUCAACCCGGACACAGAUUGGCAUUUUCACUUCUUUCGGGAAGUUUAACAGGGUGUAAAUUGUCGCCAGUUAGUGUCAGGUAGACGAUGAAGCGGGCUGCAUCCCCCCCAGUGGUCGUCAGUGAAGAUGGCACUGUGGAGAUUCAAGUGCUGGAGGAGAAGCGGGCUCGUACAGAGGAAGAAGUCUGUAUUGACGAGGGCGUUAUAUAUGAAGAGGAGAUCAUACAGCCCCAGCAGCCUCCGCCUCAGUAUCAGAAUCUCAUCAUCCAACACAUGGACAUUGCAGAACCUCUGCUUACCCUCAAACGUCUCCUGGAAGUGCGACUACAGUGCUCUCUGUCAGAGCACCAGUUCUAUUUGCAAGACAGUAUACAGCUGGAUGCCAACAAGAGCCUGGUAGAUCAGUGUGUGCAGGGAGACGGCAUGGUGCAGAUCAACCUUGAAGUCAAGUCACAGCCAGCAGGUGUCAAGCCUAAAAUUAACAUCCUGGACAUACUGAAGACAGCUGAUGAAGUGGAGACUCAGCCAGUGGAGCCAGUCCCAGCGGUUACUCAGCAGAUUCAGCAGGCCAACACAAAGGUAGUUAUCCCACUACCAGAAGAGUCGGAGAACGUCACACGGUGGAUCGUGGACCAGAACUUCCGCAGGGAACAGGAGAGACUGAAAAUACCCUUUGACCCAGUUCAAUGGAGUGAGGUGCAUGUCCGGCACUGGAUCCAGUGGGCAGUGAAGGAGUUUGCCCUUCAGGGCGUGGACAUCGACAGCUUCCGCUUGGACGGCAAACAGCUGACUGAACUCACACACCCAGAGUUCAUCAACUUUAUCCCACACGAUCCGGGCGACAUAUUCUGGACCCAUCUUGAGCUGCUUCGCAAGUGUAAAUUUGUUGCCGUGAUGCAGCAGCCGACACCUCAUGCCAUCACAACCAUCACAGUUUCCACAUCAGACACAGAAAAUCGUGUGAGAUCAUUAUCCAAAUCAUCCCGUCCAAGGUCUCCCAGAAUCACAGGAGAAGAACGUUUAUCUCCAGGAAACAGAACAGGUAACAACGGUCAGAUCCAGCUGUGGCAGUUCCUCCUGGAGCUACUGACAGACAAGGACUGCCGGGAGAUCAUCCAGUGGGUCGGGGACGAGGGAGAGUUCAAGCUCAACAACCCCGAGAUGGUGGCCCAGUUGUGGGGGCAGAGGAAGAACAAACCUACCAUGAACUACGAGAAGCUCAGCCGUGCCUUACGUUACUACUAUGAUGGGGAUAUGAUCGCAAAGGUUCAUGGGAAGAGGUUUGUCUACAAGUUUGUGUGUGACCUGAAGAUGUUGCUAGGAUACAACGCAGGAGAGCUGAACAGACUGGUUGGGGAGUCAGCAGAGAAAAAGCUACAACGAGUACGGGAGAACCUACGUCCCCUGGGUGUGAAACGGGUGGAUCAGAAGACCCAGACCAUGUGCUAGACUGUUCCAAGCCUUAUAACUAGCUGUAUUAAGCAGUAGGACUGGGUGCUGUCUUGUAGCACUAGAACUACUCUCGUUCACAGAUGACGUGUGGAAACCAGAACAAUGACCAACCGGUGCCAUGACUGGACGCCCUGAUUUAUUCGAUGACCAGUGGGCAGCUACAGUGCUUUGUACAGAUAAACUGAAUUCCAUUGUGAGAUCUCAGCUGGGAGGUCAGCCAUGUGCUGCCCAUCUGUCCUGGGCUCUGUGUGUGUUUGUGUGAGAGUGUGAGUGAAGAAUUCGUCUACUCCUGGGUGAAAAGCUACUGACAUUCACUUAACUAAUUUCUCCUGAUGUAGGGACGCUGUUAUGGGAGUAUGGUGCAAGAUAUUAUAAACCCAGGGUUUGAAUAGUAAGAUGAUGAUUUCCUUCUCUAAACUGACUGAAAUAGUUCCUUAGCAAACUAUGUUUUCUUUUUAAUUGACUAACAGGAUCGGGUGGGGAUUUGGUUUACACAUGUCAUUGUAUCCCAAUUGCAUAGAUCGAUGCUCAUGCUGUUGAUCACUGGAUUGUCUGGUCCAGACUCGAUUAUUUACAGACCGCCCCCAUAUAGCUGGAAUAUUGCUGAGUGGCGGCGUAAAACUAAACUCACUCUUUUUAAUUGACUCCAUAAUGCACUCAACCCACAAUGUAUAGAAUCAGUGGAAGGCCAAUGCAGCGUUAAGGUCCAACAAGAGAUUUAAGAUGGCUAAUACAGCUUGUGCAUGAUUGCAUUCCUUAAAACGGAAUGAUAACAAGUAGAUAGACUGCUGUCAUCACACUUUGUGUGUGUGGAUCCUAUUGUGUAUGUAUUUUUAUAUAUUUCCUUGACACUAUGUGGGAACAUAUAGUUUAAGCAGUCAAUUAAAAUGCAUGUUUGAAAUUGGUUGACUUAUGCCAAUAAAAUCUGCCCCAGUCCAAUAUUACUUAACAAGGCCAGUAUGAUAGGCAGGUAUCAAUAAAAUAUAAUAGAGUAUUUAUGGAGUUUUAGGGUUCAAUCUGUGAACUAAGUUUAAAUCAUUGCAGAUUAAAACACUACAUUAAAAAUUAGUUAUUUAAUUCCUUUUGUCAGCUGAUCGCCAAGACUUGCUUCAGAACUCCCAGACAAAGUGUCGGUAUAUCCAUGACAAGGUUGAUGUGAUGAAAUGAAGCCCUGAGUGAUGCUUGCCUGGCAUGACGAAUGUUGACUGUUUAUAUGUGAAUGUACGGUACAAUGCAUCCUACAUUACAUGCCCUGUUGGAAAAGUGGCUGAAGGCUUCAUCUGUUGCUGCUGUUUGUGGUCUUAAGAAGUGUUUUUAAUUUUUAAUGAAUAGGUGUGUAAAAUCAAUUGACAAAAGAGAAUAGCUUCAGUUGCUCAAACAACAUUAACAUUUAACAGAUUUAGUCAGUUUUGAAAUGAAGGUGCAAACAGGUACAAAAACGUUUUAGCAUCACUGGUAUGACCAAUAUCCAAUGGACAAUGUUGUUACUUCUGUCAUGGGUUUAAUCAUGCUUUAGGAAAUGGUUUCUGAUUGGUCGAUCAGAUUACCGGGGGCCAAUUGCAAAAGGUAUUUUAGGAAGUCAUGGCAAGUGACGUAGACUGUUGAAGCAUAUGGUUUCCAUUGGAUUGCUCAGAGUAUUUCACAAGUUCAUUAUUCAGGAUAAGUUCCCUUUGUCUCCGAAUGAGUGAAUAAUUAGUGUUUGCCUGUCCUGGGAUGAGUUCAUUAUUUAUAUAUGUCCACAAGCCUGAAGGGCCCCUUUAACUGUCAUCCAGCUGCAAGGCAACAUUAUUCUUCAGUAUGUCACCGACGUAGCUGAGAUCCCAGCCACAAGAUAUGCAUUUUCUUCAUCAUAUAUAUUCUGUUUCUGCUUCCAUUAUCAUUACCCCCAUGUUAUGAAUAUUUGUAAAUAUUAUUUAACAAUUUCCCCGACUCAGUUCCUUAUCAGUGCUAAGACACCUGUUUACAUUAGAAACGCCUACUUAAUUCUGAUAAGGAACAUUGUUUCUACACUGUUUGCAUGUGAUGAAUGUUCUUAUGUUGGGUGCAGUGUACCAUUGUAUGGCAUGCAUUUAGAGGGGGCAGGGGCUCUUACUAUAUUAGAUUAACAUAUUGCGCUGAAGGGAAACCAAGUUCUACGGAUAGUCAACUUCAUUAUUGCAGUGAAUGCGACGUUUUGGUGUAGAUAACCUUCUUGCGCCAAACAGAUAGCUUGGGUUAUCCGGAGUAAUAAUGUGCUAUGCUUUGAUUGUUAGCGCUAUCAGCAUACCUAGUAUGGAGUUUGGCGCGCUAUAUACAUGGACACAUUAUUAUUUAUUAUUCGAUACUAACACCGUUAUCAAGCAAGUGACUUGUUUGAUAACGGUGUUAUAUUUGCACCAAAACAUACUCGACACACUGAAACGUUCUCUAAACAAGUCACAAAGCUGAAGUUUAGUGUUAAAACAUGGACUUGGUUUUCAAUACCAUCAUCACUGUCAUGUCAUCAAAGCCCAUUUCAGCAUUCCAAUGUUUUGUUCUAUGACAACAAAUUUGGACACAAGGAUGCAUUAGUGUUACUCUACAUACAUGACACAUGUAAGGUUACUGCAGAACCAGCUUUCCUCAUGUCAUUGUUUGAGUACAAAUAUUGUAUAUAUCGUACACUGUCAUAAAGAUAUGUACUGGAUUGAACUUUACAGGCAUCCUGUAUGUGCUUUGUCAAUGGUUCCUAAAAAGUAAUCUUGUGUUAAAAUAUUGAAAAAGCAAGAUUUUGAUAGAAACUGUAGCAUUCUUUUCACGAGACUAGUUUGUGAAUUUCACCUAAAUGAUAACCUCACCCUCACCCCUGCAUUAAGCCAACCUAUUAUUGAAAUUAUGUUCAAAGUAGUGUUUUGACAUAGGCACACUUGCAUUCAUUCAUCUACUGAUAGUGAACUUACUUUUUCACUUUGUUGUACUGAUGUGUACUUGCAAAUACUCAUUUCUUGAGAAAAUAACACUAAUCUCAUUUGAGGUGUAAAUUUGAGCCUUGACAUUUCUGUGAUUGCAAAAAAAUAUUCCAUAGUUCUGUGAACAUUGACUAGACCUUUCCAUGAACUAGCAAAAUCCACUGAUUUAGUUAUGUAGAGUUUCAAUUUUUGUUAGACAUGUCAUUACAAUUAUUUUCACCCUUGUAUAUACAAUGCCUUUUAAAAAGUCGUCAGGCGUUAUAUUUUGGAUUACACUUUCUCAGUAAAGUCCCUAUUUCAGUACUCUUUUUAGUUCAGUCCAGUCCAGAGUCUAAUUCCUGGGAUUCUCUUUGGAAAGAGGAUAAGAUAAUCUUAAGAUAAUCUACUAUGACAAGCAUAUAGCAUUGAUGUAUUCUCUGGCAAUGUCUGGCAAGGUUUAAGAUGGGUCUUUAAGUUAACAGGAAUAACUAAUUUUUAUUUAACUGCAUGCUGUAUUUUUAUUUUUUUGUUUAUUUUUCCUUCAAAAUUGUGUUUAUCAAAGCACGAAAGAGCAACUGUUCAGAAUUAUAUUGAUUGUCAUCUAAGCAUGUGUAUCAAUGUUGGGUAAAAACUGCAUUAUAGUGAAGGGAACGUUUUACCUUGCUUACAUUACGAUCUUGUUUGUACAUAUUAACCAUAUCAAGUAUGACUUGUAACAAGUUCCAGCAUGAAGACCAUAGUCACUGUUAUCUCUAUGCACAUUAUUGGGUUUUUUGUAUAUAGUGACCGUAGAUGUCCCUGUACAUAGCGAUCAUGUAUGGUGUAAUUUCUUCAUAUGCGUCAGUUGUGAAGUAGAGCACAACUGGUUCUCAAACUGUGAACUGAAGUGUUUAAACACCAUUGUUAUUUCGACUGUAACACCAAAAUCUUACAUCAGAACUGCUUUUGAAACUGUGGUAUUUUGUCAUUUCCAUUGAUAUUUCCAGUGUUGAUUGGAGAACUGAUUGUGUUUUAUUUCUCAAGCAUUACCUUAUCGUCAUAUAUGAAAGCAUUUGUAUAUUAGGCACCAUCAAAUAUUCCUAAUAAAUCAUCAUUCAUUCAAAUAAA